AACUCAAGUAGCGGCAUAGUAAGACGUAACAUACCAAAUUGUUACAUUUUCCAGUCAGUGAAACGUAAAAUGUUCAAAGCGAAAAAAUUUGUUUAUUCCAAACGUUUUGAAGGCCUACCCAAAUUAACGGACUUUGAAUUGGUAGAAGAGGAAUUGCCGGAACUGCAAGAUGGAGAGAUUCUAACAGAGGCCCUAUAUUUGAGUGUCGAUCCGCACAUGAGAACCUACAUGGCCAGAUUUCCGCUUGGUGUAACCAUGCUCGGUGAUCAAGUUGCAAGAGUGCUCGAAUCAAAAAAUCCAGCCUUUCCAAAGGAUUCGAUUAUUUGCGGAACACUUGGUUGGCGAACACAUUCUGUUUUCAAUCCUAGGGACAUUACUGAUUGGCUUCCACCAUAUAUCGUCCCAUCCUUAGGUGACCUACCACUAUCGCUUGCUGUCGGUCAAUUGGGCAUGCCUGGAAACACUGCCUAUUUCGGAUUUAUUGACAUUUGUCAACCGAAAAAAGGUGAAAUUGUUGUUGUAUCAGGUGCGGCUGGAGCUGUCGGUAGUCUGGUCGGACAAAUUGCAAAAAUACUCGAAUGCAAAGUCAUUGGGAUCGCAGGCAGUGCUGACAAAUGUGAAUGGUUGACGAAAGAAAUUGGAUUCGAUCAUGCCAUUAACUACAAGACUGAAUCAAUUGCCGACGAACUGAAAAAGUUCGCUCCUGACGGAGCGGAUUGUUAUUUCGAUAAUGUUGGCGGAGAAACGAGUUCCAUUGUCUUACGGCAUGUACGCUUGUUCGGUCGGGUGUCCGUAUGUGGAUCGGUAUCAUCGUACAAUUUACCGAUGGAUGAGUGGCCGAAAGUGCCCACCUAUCAGCAUAUUCUCAUUACAAGUCAGAUUAGCAUGCAAGGUUUUCUUUUUACACGGUUUCUGCCGAAAUGGUUCGAAGGCAUAGCUCAGAUGAAGUUGUGGAUGGAACAGGGAAAAUUGAAAUAUCGUCAAACUAUUACGGAGGGAUUUGAAAAUAUGCCACAGGCUUUGAUUGAUAUGUUAGAAGGAAAGAAUACCGGGAAAGCCGUGGUGAAAAACUGUUGAAAUUGAAACGUAAGUGGGUUUUGAAGUUAACUUAUUUUGCGGAAUGCAUCUAAGAUUUAUAACAGAUCCCAACUUUCUGCGGACGACUAUUCAUCUGUUAUCGAUAAAUAUAAAUGUUAUAACAAAAUGCUUACCUGUUAAAAUAAAUAAAGUAAAAGACUUUACAUCAAUC